AUGGCCCCCGUUCCUCUUGUGGUGUCUGCUCACAUCGCUGUUGACACUCCUCGCAACAAUGAGGUGCGUCACGACGGGAUUCAUGACGCGUUCGUCGUCUUGCUCGAGAUCAAUGACAUCGUUUUCAUCUUCCUGCUGUGUGAGAUCUCCGCUGAAUAUCACGGUGAGCUGGUCCUCCACUCUCCCUCCCAUUUCGAGGACGCAUGGCUUGAUCAAUUUCGUGGCCCGUGCCGACAGCCCAUCCAUCGGCACAAAGAACAGGCAACACGAGGCGAAGAUGGAGGACGGGUCACACUGCGACAUGGGACGACUGCCGGCCUGCAGGCGGUUUCACGGAAUGCCUCUGGCUGAAGCGAAAGCUGAAGUUUGUCACUGUCUGGGCGGCUGCGCUUGUGCCACAAGCGCUGUGCAAUGAGGCACAGAUGGUGAGGAGGAUGACACACAACAUGCAUGAGGUGACUGAGCUAUGGAUGUCAUGUCUGUGAUGACAUGCAGGUGUCAUGAGUUGCCUUCCGUGUUUGGACCAUCUGAGUCGCGAUGACUAUGCCGACGUGUACGAGCCGUCAGAGGACACCUUCCUCUUCAUCGACGCCCUCGACAAGGAACUCACGCGAAUCGCAGACGCCAAGCCCACACGCAUUCUCGAAAUGGGGUCGGUCAGGCAGGCAGGCACUGAGGCUGGAGGCAGUGAGGGAGGGAGGGAGGCAACACACUCAGUCACACACACACACACACACACACAUGGAUGAGUCAUGAACCAACCACCAUUUGUUUGUCUGCACAGGCCGGGCAGCGGGUGCAUAUCUGUCCACCUGCUGCAGCAGCUCCAGAAGCGGGCGGUGCAGUGUCUGCCGUCGUGUCUGCUCAUCGACAUCAACCCCAAGGCCGUCACGGCGGCACUCAAGACGGCAGCAUGCAACGGCGUGGGCCAGCAUUUCGACGGGCUGCAGGGCGAUCUCUUCAGGGCCAUUCGACCGAGGCAGACCUUCGACAUGAUGCUCUUCAACCCAGUAAGGGCGCACUGCACUGCCUGCAUCCUGCACUCUUUGUCAAUGGUUGCAAUGCAUUCAAUGCCUUACCUCUCUGUGGCAGCCGUAUGUGCCAAGCCCAGCUGAGGAGAUGUGUGAGGGAGGAAUCGCUGCUGCAUGGGCUGGCGGAGUCGACGGCAGGGAGGUCAUCGACAGAUUCAUCCAACAAGCCCCGGUAAGCUAGUGGGUGCGGCGCGGUGCGGUGGAUGGCAUGAUGCACCACGGCACCGCCCGGGCAGAACAGACAAAUGCGGCACUUGCCUUGCCUUGCCUUGCCGCCUUGAUGAUUGCGAUGUCCGUGCGUAUGUCUGUCUGUACGUUUCCUUCUCCAGGACCACCUGGCUGACGGUGGCUGCAUCUACCUGGUGGGUGCGCAAAAGACCCACGAAAUCGCACCGCACCGAAGCACUCAGGUUCCGGCCCUUCAGGCCCUGUGGUGUGCUGUGCUGUGCUGUCGUGCUCGUUGUCCAGCUCUCCGAGAGGCGCAACAAGCCCGAGGAGAUCCGCCAGCUUUUCAAACAGAAAGGCUUCUGCUCAGAGGUGCGAACCAACGAACAGAUGCAGGCAAGCAGGCUAGUAGAGUCAGUGUGUGUGUGUGUGUCCAGGAGGUACUUCAUCGGCGGGCGCAAAACGAGCUGCUCAACGUGACGCGAUUCUGGCGGGUCGGGUGGGGAGAGAGUGCGUGUGAUGUGAAUAGCUAAGCUACCUGCCUGGGUGCACAAUCAGUACUUGCUGAAUGCGAUGUGAGUGUUCUGCAGGCGGGCAGCGAGCCAGACGUCUUUCUGUGAGUGAGUGUGUAGCUUCCCUCCCUGGUGUGUGUCGUGUCACUCACUCACUGCUCGCAUCGCAUCGCAACAAUCGGUGCGGAGAAGGAAGGCUGAAACGUUCCCCCCAUGAUUGGACUGACUGACCGUGGCGGCACAUAUGGCAUGUAUGGUAUGGGACGGAUGUAUGUAUGUACAUUCGUUGAGUUGAACAAACCGACAGACCCAAGUGGUCCAAC